UCAUCAUUCUGCCUCUUGCUACUACUUUUCAUACCCCAACAUGGCCAACAAGUUAACUCCCGCAGGUUCAUACCUUCAACCCCAAACUCCUUCAGGUUCAUACCUCCAACCCAAAACUCCUGAAGGUUCAUACCUCCAACCCCAAACUCCCGCAGGUUCUGCCCUCCAAACCGAAACUCCUGCAGGUUCUGCCCUCCAACCCCAAACUCCUGCAGGUUCAUACCUCCAACCCCAAACUCCUGCAGGCUCAUACCACCAUCGCCACACUCCUGUAGGUUCAUACCUGCAUUCCCAAACUCCUGCAGGUUCUGCCCUCCAACUGAUGAAAUCUCCUGACCGCGGGAGCAUGUUCAUGUCUUCCGAUGACAGCAUCUUGAUGAAGCAAAUUCUGGCAACUCAUACUCCUGAUGGCCUCGAGGUUAAUGUUAAUCCUCUUCUCCGUGUCGUUGAGGACAUUCUCCGCCGUUCCACCCUCAAUGCUGAUGGCCUUUUACUGGAUGGUACCCAAUCGCAAAAGGAAAACAUGGAAGACAAAACCCAUCAAGGCGGUGCCGUUCUCAUGCUUGACUCACUGUUAUAUACAAUUGAACGGAUCUCCUGCGAGAUGGAAAGCAAGUGUUUGAGUGGAGGGGAAGGACACGCAACAACACUCCCUCUGUUUAAUGCGCUAUCAAACUUUUCAUGGGAGGCUAAGCUGGUGCUAACCUUAGCAGCUUUUGCUUUAAAAUAUGGAGAAUUCUGGCUCCUUUGCCAGAUUUACUCAUCAAACCAACUUGCAAAAUCAAUGGCAAUCCUUAGGCAAUUACCUGUCAUCAUGGAGCACUCGGGCUCAUUGAAAUCACGGUUUGAUGCAAUUAACAAUCUCAUCAGGGCCAUUUUGGAUCUGACAAGGUGUAUCGUGGAGUUGAAGGAGCUACCAUCAAACUAUAUCACACAGGAUGUACCGGCAUUGUCCACUGCCACAGCCACUAUCCCAAGUGCUGUCUAUUGGUCCAUCAGAGGUGUCGUUGCUUGCGCAGCUCAGAUUAUCAAUCUCGGUGCCGUUGGCUACGAAUUACAAGAGUCCUGGGAAAUAUCUACCUUGGUGUACAAGAUCAACAACAUACUUGAGCAUCUUAAGAAGCAACUGGCUAAUUGCUACAAACACAUAGAGGAUAAGAGGGACGUUGAAGCUUAUGACACACUGCAGCAUAUAUUUGAAAUGAUACACAUUGACAACAUGAAAGUUCUCAAAUCCCUAAUUUACGCCAAGGAUGAUCAGCCACCACUCCUUGACGGUGCUUCAAAGAGAAGGGUGAACCUUGAAGUUCUGAGGAGGAAGAAUGUCUUAUUGCUGAUAUCAGGCCUAGACAUCUCCCAGGAUGAGCUUUCGGUUCUUGAGCAGAUUAAUAAUGACUCGAGGAUUCACGCAUACGAGGUGUUGUGGAUUCCAAUUGUGGAACAUUGGGCCCAGUGGACUGACCGCAUGCAGAAGCAGUUUGAGAGCCUGCAGGCCACAAUGCCAUGGUUCUCGGUUAACCACCCUUCAUUGAUCGAGAAGCCGGUCAUCAGGUUCAUCAAAGAGAAAUGGCACUUCAGGAACAAGCCUAUCCUUGUGGUGCUUGACCCACAAGGAAAAGUGUUGAGCCCUAAUGCAAUCCACAUGAUGUUGAUAUGGGGAAGUGGUGCCUUCCCUUUCACUAGCUUGAGAGAGGAAGCUCUUUGGAAUGAAGAGAUUUGGAGGCUUGAAUUGCUGGUCAAUGGCAUUGAUCAAACAAUUCUGAAUUGGAUAAGAGACGGCAAAUACAUAUUCUUGUAUGGAGGAGAUGACAUUGAGUGGAUUCGAAAAUUUACAACCUCAGCACGCUCUGUUGCAUUGGCAUCUCGCAUCCCAUUAGAGAUGGUGUAUGUGGGAAAGAGCACCAAAAGGGAGCAAGCCCGGCGUGUCAUCUCGUCCAUCAUGACGGAGAAACUCAGCUACUGCUGGCAAGAUAUGGCCAUGAUAUGGUUUUUCUGGACCCGUCUAGAAAGCAUGUUGUUCUCCAAGAUUCAACUAGGCAGAGGCGAUGACAAUGACCCCAUGAUGCUGGCGGUCAAGAAAAUCCUCAGCUAUGACAAGAGUGGUGGAUGGGCCGUGCUGAGCAACGGAAGUUCCGUGGUGAUCAAUGGACACAGCAGCACUGUGUUGCCUGCAUUGAACGAGUACGAUCUGUGGAAAGAAAAUAUACCUGUCAAAGGCUUCGACCCAUCAAUUAAAGAUUACCAUGACAAGCUUCAUGGCACAGCUCUGCCGUGCUGUCGUUUUGAGUUUCCGAGCACUGUCGGGAGGAUUCCGGAGAAUAUGAAAUGCCCAGAGUGCCGUCGUAAUAUGGGGAAAAACUUUGCUUACGUCUGCUGCCACGACGAAAGUGAUGUCAGCGCACUAUAUUGAGUCACUACUGUGUGGUUCCAUUAAGCCCGUAUGCUGCUAUAGUGAUUGAACUACAAUAAUCAUACAUAUAUGUGAAAUAUGUUUGUGGUGUACGUGUGAACUUAAUUUUAUCUAUUUAGUAAGAUUUUGAGAGUGA